AAACCCUUCGUCUUCGUCGUAUUCGAACAACACCAACAACCGGCAAUAGAAAUUUUCCACCAUGCCAAAAAUUCCGCUUUGGGAUUUGCCUGAACUGCCGAAGAAUCAGCUUCCUCCUCAUCUUUACCUCCAGAAAACUCGAGUUUUCUGCAAUAACGAUGCUCCCACCCAUACAGAGAACAUACACUACUCUGGUGCAUAUGCAGCAUUGGGAGUCGAUAACAGCUUAAGGUUGGAUGAAUUCAGGAAAAACUUCAAAGUUAAGGUGAUUAAGCUCAAUGAAGAAGACAUGGAGUUUGAUUUGAUCGGGAUUGAUGCUUCUAUUGCGAAUGCUUUUAGAAGAAUCCUAAUAUCAGAGCUGCCAACUAUGGCCAUUGAGAAGGUUCUUGUUGCUAACAGUUCAUCGGUGGUACAAGAUGAAGUACUUGCGCAACGACUGGGUCUCGUACCAAUAAAGGUUGACCCAAGGCUGUUUGAUUAUAUGUCAGAAAAUGAUGUUCCUAACCAGAAAAACUCCAUUGUUUUCAAACUUCAUUACAAAUGUGAUCGAGGAUCUGGUGAACGACGCACAGUGUACUCUCAUGAUCUAAAGUGGUUACCGUUUGGGAGUGAAUAUGUUCUGCCCACCGAAAGCUCUUCAGAUUCAACAUCAAAACCAAAGACGUACACAUCAUUUACUUCCAGCCAAGACUCCCUGCCAGAAUUUGCCAAUAAUCCUAUCACCGUCACACCUGGUAUCAUUAUAUCAAAACUUGGGCCUGGGCAGGAAAUCGAGCUAGAAGCACAUGCUGUAAAAGGUGUUGGUAAAACACAUGCCAAGUGGUCUCCUGUGGCCACUUCUUGGUACAGGAUGCUCCCUGAGGUUAUAUUGCUGCAAGACAUUGAAGACGAUGAUGCUCAUAAACUUGUAAAGAAGUGCCCAGUUAAUGUGUUUGAUAUUGAAGACGUGGGUAAAGGUCGGGAGAGGGCAACCGUGGCUCGACCAAGAUCUUGUACUUUGUGCAGGGAAUGCAUUAGAGAGCCCGGAUGGGAGGAAAAGGUGGCACUACGACGUGUGAAAGAUCACUUUAUUUUCACUAUAGAGUCCACCGGAGCUUUGCCCCCGGAGGUGUUAUUUACUGAAGCCGUGAAGAUCUUAGAAGACAAGUGUGAACGCGUGAUAACCGAGCUCUCAUAAGCCAAUUCUUUCUCGUUCAAUUCAAGUUAUACUUUUUUUUUGGUGAUUUUGAUGUAUAAACUAUCACCUUAUUUGUAGUUCUCCAUCUUGUAUUAGUUGCAUUUCAUGUUCUAACUACGUUUUAUUGAAGUCGAGGUCACUUGUGCGUCGUGUGUCGCUUUAUUGAUCAUUUGCAAUAGUAAAUAGAUCGUUUUUGGAAAUGUACUUGUAAUGU